AUGAAUUUGGGAGUCGCUGGCGGCCAGUUCAAAAGUAAGAUAAGUGUAAUGAAGAAGCAAUACAAGGCCGUUAAGGACCACAAUAAUACUAGUGGCGGAAAGGAAGGAGAUGAGCUAGAGGUCCCUGCCUCGCCGGUGACGCCCCGCGCCGCUCUCAGCUCCUCCGCGGGCGCCGCGAGCCUACCUGCAGGUGGAUCUGCAGCGCCGCGGAAGCCGAGGGAGGGCACCGUGGCGUCCACCCCCGUGAGCGGGAUCGGCGUGUUCAACUGCGAGGCCAGCAGCAGUGUGUCACCCAUUUGCGGCACGGGCUGGCGGCCGCAGCUGGAGCCCAGGACGCAACUUCCCGACUUUGCUCUCAAAAGGCAUGAGGCCAACCUGGCUGCAGGAGGGCUCGUCAAGUACAAGCCUCUCCCCCAAACAGAUGGGCGGAGACUGAUCACGAUCACAUAUGACGAGUUUGUAGCGCAGAUCAAUGCCGAUAAGCAUGUUGGCGGAUAUUGCUCGUUUUUGGACUAUGAAUGUGUGGGAGAAACUCGCCUAGGGUUCAGGUCUCUGAUAUAUCACCAAUGUCAGGUAUGCAGCCUGGUCACCAAAUUCCAGACGGACGCGGGCCCAACAGUGGAUGUCAACACUAGCAUGGUACUUGGCACGGUUGAGGCUGGCAUAAGGUACGAGGCGGUGCGCACCCUGGCCGGUGCCCUCAACAUGCCCGCCCCGACCAAGAAGACGUACGGCCGCUACGAGGACAUGCUAGCAGACGUCAUCAAGGAGGAGUCGAUGACGGCCAUGCUUGAGGCUGGGAAGAGAGAAUAUGAUCAUGCUGUAGCGGUGGGCAAUGUAAGUGCGGAUGGCACUCCCUUCGUCACAGGUUAAUGAGGAUGAUGAGAGUGACGAAGAAUGGAAAGAGCCGAAACAAACUGGAAAGAGUGUGAAGGAAAGAUUGAAGGCUAUGGGUUAUCCGGAGUACGAGGAUGACACGUACAUCAUGAAGUCGCUAAAGCAACUGGCGGUUCAGAAUCCCGAUCUGAAAAGAAAGAUUGAUCAGCUGCGGACACCUGUCAAAAGAAUUUCAGGCUAUGUCAAUUACGUUUGUGAGGGUGUGAGUGACUGGCAGCUUCUCACAGAAUUUGAAAAAUUAAGGAAUACAUAAGACUUAUGUUGACCUUGGGUGAGGCGCAGCCUGGAACCUAUAAGAAUUAUGCUGAACACAUGAAAAGUCUCCUGAAUUUUUCCAC